CUUGGCUGGCAGUGGGAAAAGAUGAGAGGAGAUGGAUUUUGGUCAACAUUCCGCACAUUUUGAUCAUUUGAAACAUUUGAUCCCAAUACAGUUUUCUGUUCCCAAGACUAAACUCUGUUAUGAACAGAGUGGACCUAGUUUUGUAGACUUUAUCUUUUGCCAAAAUUGUAAAAUAUUGCGUUGUUUAGAAGGAGUGCAAAGGCCAAUUGAGUUAUUGCACACGCGUACUCCACAGAGUAGGCGUUCACUAACGGAAAUAUGUAGAUACACUAGAACGAGCCAAUAUAAACUCGCUAACUCGUGCUUGGCUCUGUCCAUCUCUUUGGUUGUUCUGCCCACUAUGACUAAUUUGUUCCCUUGGAAAAUACGGGCUGUGGUCUAUCUGGGUAUAGUUACACAGAAAUUUGAUGUAACGAUAGCACAGUGCCUUUGAGGGCACGAAAGUGGUUACAGAUUAACAGGAUUUAACGCGUUUUCCUAUGAUAAAGUUGGUCCCUGGUCGCCACCGGUAGGACACUGGCGGUACCAUAAUUGCUCCAGUGAGUAUUUGUACAUUGCAAGUCUUUCCUAAACAAUGUUUUCCUUGAGUUUGAACUGGGACUCGAAGGUUGUUUUUAAAAGGUAGUGAAGCUGGCGGCGAUCUCCGCAGCAAUGGGAAUGGCCUCGUUUCAAAUUAAUGCCAUGAGUGAGGACAAAACAGAAACCGUGCGGCUCUCCCCUAGAGAGUUGUCCAUCUAUGCUCCAGACCCUACAGCAACACACUACAUGGAUGAGCAGCCUGGAGAUCUGCAGAGUGGGCUGGGUGUGGUCCGAGUGGGGCUGUGGCCAUAUGUUAGAGCUGUUAAGAAUGCUUAUACCUCUGUCAAGGUUGGAGCUGUAACAGUCUAUACUGCUGGACACGAUACAUAUGAGUUCCUGAGAGAUCCUCCUCCUGGUUUCUUCCCGAGGGUCAGUGUGAUCACAGUCUCUGGGUUAGCUGGUCUGAUCCUGGCAAGGAAAGGGCCACAUCUGAUGAUGUUGGGUGUUCCUCUGGGUAUGGUCACUGUUGGGAUGGCCGUGUGCUACCCCACUCAGACAGUGACUGUGGUAAAGAUGACUGGGCAGAAGAUGUAUGCAGCCAACCAGUACACCACCUCAUAUGUGGCAUCAACCUUUAAAUCUAAGCCCAAAUAAAAGCAGCAAGCCCCACCCACCAUCUCCUAUCCCUGAGACAGAAAUACCUGAGGCAAAGCCCCUCUCUGAAGCUGGAUCAUCUGAACCAGUCAUGCCUGCUGUUGAGGAGGCUCCUCCCUCUGAACCUGGCUCUGCUCCAGUCCCCAUAGAGGAGGGUGUUCCAUCCGAGGCUGAACCUGCCCCUCAGCCCACCACAGAGGUGACCCCUGCAGAGGGUUAUAUUGACACUGAACCUGCUGCAGCUGAGGCAGUGGUGUUGCAAGAGUCUGUUGAGACGGCCCUUGUGCCUUCUGUUGAGACGGCCCUUGGGCCUUCUGUUGAGACGGCCCUUGGGCCCUCUGUUGAGACGGCCCUCUGUUGAGACGGCCCUUGGGCCCUCUGUUGAGACGGCCCUUGGGCCCUCUGUUGAGACGGCCCUUGGGCCCUCUGUUGAGACGGCCCUUGGGCCUUCUGUUGAGACGGCCCCUGUCGAGGAGCCUGCCCCUGCACCUCCUGCUGAAGAGAUUCCUCCACCUGCCCCUGUUGAGGAGGUUGCUGCCCCACCUACAGCUGAAGAGGCGGCAUCUACACCUGUUGAGGAGGCUGCUCCUCCAGCUCCAACAGAGGAGCCAUCUGUGUUUGUAAUAGUAACUGCUGGGAAACCCAAAUUUGCACCCGGCCCCAAGCUAGUUGACCUGGGCCAGGUCAGCCCUGAGGAUGAAGACCUGUACAACAUGCGUGGAUGAAGAACGACAGGAGGAAAAGGAGAAGAUGAGCUUGCAGUUUACAAAGACACCCACAGGGAGAAGGGUGCAGGCCAUCAUCUACAUCCACCAGAACAAACAGCCAUCUUUACACUCUUCUUCCAGGGCCACAACACAAGGUUUACUUACCAGCGCUUACACGGAGUGUACAAAACAUUAAGAACACCCUUUGCCCUCAGAACAGCCUCAAUUUGUGGAGUCCACAAAUUAUGUUACUAACCAAACUGGACCAUUACACUAAAUAUAUCUAUUUUCUUUACUAGGGACUACUUGGGUCACUGCUAUGCUGUCACUUUUUUUGUCAGCCACAUUCACGUGGUGAAUGCCUGUUAUUAGUCUGGUCAGUCUAUGUAAAUAUUUUCCAUGUGGCAUUUCGUAAACGAGUGAGCCGUUUUAACACACAUCCAUGUUUUUAUAGCAUUUGUAAGACUUUAUAGAACUACUGAGUUGAACCUUUUUGUAAAACCCCAAUGUUUAUGGAUGUGUGCAGCUCUUGCACGAGUUAGACACUCACAAAUAAGCCCACAUAGAGGAACCUGGAAGUCAUGUUACAUUAUGAACUGGCCAGUUUGAUAUGCGUGUUUGGAUCAUUGGAAUAAUGUCCUUGUACUUGAUGUCAGUUAGUAUUUUCAAAAGGAAAUGUUUCAAACAUAUUUGUUUGUAUUUUAAUAGAACUGUCAACAUAUUUAAACUUUUUUUUAUAUAUAUAUAUAUAUUAGGCUAUUUUACAGUACAGCCAAGAGGACAUAUUUUACAUGUUUUAUCACUCCCUUUUCUUUUUUUAUAAAUGAAAAUCACUUCACGAAUUGACUGCCUUCAAUUUGAAAUCACCCCAGCCCUGAUCUUCACAAUGAUAAUCAUGUUUCAGAUGUGUGCAAUAUGCAAUAUAAUUUUGGUGCAAUAUAAUUGCCAAAUAGGGAAUAAAGGCAUUUUCCUUCA